AUGCAUCCCUCUUCACAAAAAUUUUCUUUCCCGUCUAUACCAUCGAUCCUGGUGAUAAUACUGGCAUGUCUGACAAUACCGACAUGCUCAAUACCGAUCCAACCUACAUCUCCUCCCCCUCAAACCACAUCAUCACAAGACGUGUACAAUUCUAACGAUGAAAGCCUAGACGGAAUGUCAAGUUCGCCGGAUAAAAUGGAAGUAAUGAAUUGGAUUCUUGCAGCUAUAUCAAUAGUCAUCGUGAUAGAGUUGAUAUUUUGGUUAUUCAAGUGCGUGAACAUGGUUCGAAGAGGUAUCUCGGGAAAUGAGGAAAAUGAAUCUAUUAAUAAUAAUGGAUCCCCAAGAGUAUUUGAUCCUGCAUCCAACGGGCCCGAUGAUGAAUACCUACCCCCUUACGACGGAUUGUCCUUGCCCAAAUAUUGCGAGGCCAUGGAGAUGGGCAACACCGUCGCCGUGUUCACCAAUGGGAAUGGGGAAUCGAGGAAUUCAUCUUUGGUGGAAGACGAGGUAAAUUCUAAUUCCUCAACAAUAGUCGCUAGUCAAGAAGAGGAAGAAGGUCACGGCGAGAGGGUGGAAGGUCAUAGUGAGAGAGUGGAAGAAGAGAACGAGAGUGGCGUUGUGGAAAUUAAUCGCAUUAACAAUCAACCAUCAACGGUGGUGGUGGAAAUGAAUCAAGUGACGACCAUAGAUGAUACCGGACGAUCAUCACCAAUUGAGGAUGUCUUUAAUAAGGACGGUCCCAAGGCACAAGAGAUUUGA